CCUUGCGAAAAUUAAUACGUAAUCCCACGUGCCGUGUGUGGUUUUAGCGAAUAUCAAACAAAUGAUGUAGCGAUAAGCGAUGUUUAUCUCGUCCGAGGCGGCGCCGAGCGAGGCGCGCCGUUGAUGUCGAAUGCGAGGGCUCGGUGCGUAGCUCGUAGCGUUAUCGGGAAAGCGCGGGAAAAUCGGCGGCUAUCAGCCAUUCAGCUCAUACGGUGCACCUCAGUUGGCUCGCGCCUGCCGUCGGAGAUGGAUGUGUCCGUGCGCGCUCUGUUCCUCGCACUCGCGGCGACGAUCGCGAUCGCGCGUGCCCACAUGUCGCCCGCCUCCCACGACAACAUACUCAGAGUACAGCUCUGGGACGCAGAAGGACUGAGCCGGGAGUCCGUUUCCACGGAACCCUCGACGACUGUCCGCAACAAACAUCGCAGAGUCAAAGUUAACUUGGAGGAGUUGUACGAUGCGAUGAUGGGUGAUGAGUACCACGGUGCCGAGAGGUUCGCGCGGCACAAAGUCAGGCACAAGAGACGGCGGCCCCGGCAGAGUGGGACCGACCUGCCGUGGAGGUUCCACUCGGGCUCCGGGUUGCGGAACGUGGCUGUGUUCGACGACGAUGUACCCUGGGACGUCAUCGAGGGGAGGAACUCUGGAAGCGUGAACGCUAGUGCUGUGAGUGAUUCAAGUGCCCCAGUGAAUGUGGAGCGGGAAGUGUCACCGCCGAUGAAGCUGCGCCAGGACGAGGAGGACGAGGAAGUUAAGAAACAACUGCCGGUCGUGCCGAAAUGUUGUGCGAGCGGACAAAACUUGUCGCUUUCUGUCGUCGAUGGCAAAGUCAAAUCCGUUUGUUCCCGCUCCACGCUCACGUUCCAGCCGAUAUUCCAUAAAGCGAACGAAACGCACAUAUGGAGUUACGAAAGCAACGUAUUCGAGACAAUCGUCGGCAAUCCCUGCAGUUACGACAGAUAUAAAUUGGAGCCAGAUAAAGUCAGCGGAGAUGAAUUUUAUCUUCUAUUCAAUGGAUCUCUUUUUGUGCCAUUCAGUCAUCCGCCUCUGCUUGGCACAAGAGACUAUUGUAUGGAGACGUUUUGGAAUGAAUCCAAUCCAGCAGGAGUUACUCUUCCAUUAGUUUGUUUUCAAUCGCCGAUAGAGGAAGCAAAUUCAUCAGCAACUCUUAUAGCUUAUGCAACAGGUCUGAUAAUAUCGGUGCCGUUUUUACUGGCGACGGCCGGCAUCUACACGUUUAUAACUGAAUUGAGGGAUACCCACGGCAAAGCGUUAGCUUGUCACUCGAUUUGCCUUGCCGUAGCUUUUAGCUGUUUAGCAGCGACUCAGUUAGCAGGCCACGCCUUUCCAGUUACCGCUUGCACUAUUAUGGCGUACCUCAUCCAGUUUUCGUUUAUAUCUUGCUUUUUCUGGCUGAAUGUCAUGUGUUUCGAUACUUAUUUGAACGUACGGCGAUAUAUUCACUCAUCAGUAAGCAGACGGAGUAUGAGGCGAAGAUUCGCAUGGUACUGCGCGUAUGCCAUUUUGUUACCAGUCAUAUUGUUAAUAGUCACUAUUACUAUGGACUUGUCGCCUGCCGUCCCUAGCACAUAUUUGAAACCUAACUUUGGUGUCAAAGGAUGCUGGUUCAAAACGGACCAGGCGGCGUUGCCUUACUUCUAUGGGCCAGUGGCGGUCAUACUCUUUAGCAAUCUCAUAAUUUUUUUAUUCACUUCAAGAGCUUUCGCCAAGAAUUAUGAUAAGCUUAAGGAUGUCACGCCACUAGAUAUAGCGCACGCCGACUACAGCACGUCAGACGACUGGGUGCGACUCAGCACGGUGCUGGGCCAGCCCCUACCGGUGCACGAGCGCUCGUCGCCUCCGCGGGAGCAGCCGCAGAUUAACUUCACUCAGCGGCUGAAAAAGUACAAGAAAAUAUUCCGGACGUGCUGCAUGCUGUGCGUGAUAAUGGGCCUGUCGUGGGUGUUGGAGGUGGUGUCGUGGGCGGCGGGCGCGGGCUCCACCGCCGUGUCCGUGUGGUCAGUGUUCGACCUCAUCAACGCGCUGCAAGGCGUCGUCAUAUUCGGCAUCUACGUUCUGCAGCAACCCGUCCGAUCUAUUGUUAAGUCGUCAGAACUUUGCAAAGUGUGCAGAAGAAAAAAGGACGGAUCGGAACUGUCAGUUGUAAGUGAUAGAAAUAGCAUCGACUGCGGCCGCGGUCGGAGAGACUAUGUGUAGGUAGAAAGUGCAUUGUGCAAUGAACGUUGGUGUAAUUUACUAGGAUGACGUAAUAAUGUGACGCUGAGACUGAUAAUAGUAUUACGCUGGAUGGGUUUUAGGAGAUACGACUUAGAGCGGGGGCACAUGAUGCGGCUACGGUGCGGCGCCGGAGCAGUGUCGCUGCGUCGUCUUACAUAGAAAUAUCUGUGGCAUGUCACACGAUGCGUUGCGGCGGCGGUGCGGCGCCGGAGCGGUGUCGCUGCGUCGUCUUACAUAGAAAUAUCUGUGGCAUGUCACACGAUGCGCCGGCGCCGCACCGGACUUGCAACCACCGAGACGAGGCGGAGAGGGGUGAAUGCGUUGCGACGUCAGAGCGGCACCGCUCAGUUGUUUAUGCGUCACAACAUUACUUUACUAACAGACUGUCCAACGCUGCUACGUUGCCGCUGCGAUAUAACAACGUUGCGGCGCCGCACCGCUCGUGUGUCCGCUGAUACGGUGAAAUCUUUGCGAUGCGGUGCCGCAACGCAUCGUGUGCCUUCAGCCUUAGGACAUCAAAUGCAGUAUUGGGAUAAAUUAGUUUGGUUAAGGUAAAGUUGUGUUUAAAUGUAUUGUUGCGCUUGGAUAUUUUUCGACAUACGACAAAAACGUAACUAAGCUAAACCUUCUUCAUUUUAUAAAAGCUAAAGUUUGUAGUAGCUCAUAGCACAGGUAAAUGCGGUAAUUAAGCAUCUUGGAGGCUUUCGGAGGUACCAGGUAUUAAAGCGUAUUAUUUUUCUUUUAGUAACUGGCAGAUGCCCUGCGGUUUCAACCGCGUAGUUCCGGUUCCCGUGGGAAUACGGAGAUAAAAUAAAGCCAUAGGAUAGGACACAAAAAACGUGGGUUUUUAUUAAUAAAAGAAUUUUCAAAAUCGGUUUAGUAUAUCCAGAUAUAAUCUACAAUCUCACACACUUUACCUCUAAAAAUAUGAGUAUUGAGUAGUACCCAUAAUACAUGCUACGAUUACUUUGGGGCUAGAUAGUGAUGUGUGUAUUGUAUGUGUAUAUUUAUUCAUUUCAUUUUGUUUUCUUUGUGAUAUUAAAUCAUGACCUCAGUCGCCCUUUUGCUUGGUGGCAACCCUUUGAUGUAAAAUUUGCGCUUUGUGCUGGGACAAUUGAGAAUCUGAAAAUGUUGUUGCCUGCUACACCAACGAUAUUUUAUACUGUAGAUAUGUUACUUUAAGUUAGCUACUUCACUGAGCGCACGUACCUAUGCAUAAUUUUGUAUUUAUUCGCAUUAUAUGUAUAUUUUAUAUUGUAUAUAAAGUUUUUACUGUACCUGAACAUACAACUUGACGUUGCAGAUAAUAUUUAGAUAUUAUUUGUUCAAAUUACUUUUGUUGUUUACUAUGUGAUAUGCGACUAAAUGAAAUUAAGAAAAUUAGCCACUUUUGUUCGUCUCAGUUUUGACGCCUUAGUGACAUAUCUAAUAGUAUAAAAUUUGUGUGCUGUGAGCUCUUUAAAAAAAAGAUACCAUGUCCGGCUCUCCAUUCUUGCUUAACCUACUUUAGUAGGAACAUGAGCUGCAAAACUUUCAGCGUUUAUAAUGUGAAGGUGAAAUGAUCACAGGCUCACAGGAUCUUUCAAAGUAAUUAUUAUAGCUUGCUUGGUACGUUACCUAUAUGAUUCGCAUAACGCAGGCCGCAUGACUACUUAUGGUAGGCGUCCACAUAUCCGUAGGUAGGUGUUGGGCGCACUUCAAAAUGUUAAAUUUUACGGCAGAUAGAAUCCGUUUAGUGUGAUCCGUACGUUCGGAUCAGUGGACGCACUUGUAUGACUUUCUUUACUAAAAUCCGUUUGAUGUGAUGCGUCUAAUACGUGUGGACGCCUACGUUUAAAAGGACGUUGGUAUAAAAUAUCAUUGGUAUGUUAUUAUUAUUGUUUUAUUUAUGUAAAAUUUAUUUAAAUAUCAAAAUAGUUGUUUCAAAUGAUUGAUAGUCCGGAAUGGUUGAGUUGAUGUGAUCGAAAUUGUUUUUAAAAUAAAUGAUUUGUUUUAGUAAAGUAAUAUUUAAAUUAGUUAUAUAGUUUACCUUUAAUCUGUUUUUGUUUGAAAUGUAAAAUAUUGAUUCUAAUUAUUAACUAAUUGUCCAAGAAGAAUAAGUUUGGCUAUGAGAUCAAAAUUGUUUAAUUCAAAAUGUUUUUUAUUUAGAUAUUUUUUAUUAAAUUUAAUUAAGUUGACUUCAGGUUAUACAAAACUAAACGGUAAAACAAAUUAACUAAAGCUUAUUUUCAUCGCAUUCCUGUGAUAGUGUAUUAAAUAAUUUAUUUUCAAAUACUCCGUACUUUCACGAUUACUUAAUAUUUAUACUGUUUUCACAAAGUUUCUCAGGAAAUGGCCCAUAAGGUGAAAAGUUUGUGAUAUAGGAUCGUUUCCUCAAACAUUUGUGGGACAAACAAUAUAGAUACCUAUGUCAGGUAAAAGGAUCAACUUUUGAAAAGUUGUGUGAAAACUGCUAUAAAAGCUAUUUUUUAUUUACUCAAAUUUCCCCGAAUUAAAUUUGCAACCUUAUUAAGUAAUUUAGCAUUAGUAUUGUAGCUGUAAACACUCAGUUUUAAACAUAAUCUUGACAUUGUUCAUAUUUCUCUUACAAAAUAAUAUUUUUCUAAACAUUCAAAGACAGGUACUGGAUUUUUAUUAAAAAAAAAUUUAUAUGUAAAUGAAAAUUUAGAAAUUUAAUUUUAACUGUAUUUAAUAACUUUAGGGGUAGAUUUACAUUUUUUGUAGUCAUUACAUUAAUAAAUAUACUUAAUGCCACGCAUUCACAUUCACAGUAUACUAUAGGUACAUGUAUUUUGGCGAACUUUAUGGAUAACUAGGAAAACAUAAAAUAAACUAAAAUAAGCCCAAUGUCUAAUGCUUCAAAGUUUAUAUUCGAUCAUUUUUUUCACUGACGUUAAUGAAUGCAGUACUGUUUUUGUUUUGCUCAAAAUUUUGCCCAAAUCCUAGACGACAGAACUUACAUGACAUCUUUGUUAAAAUAAUACAAAAAACGGAAAAUGUCGAGUUCGUUAAAAUUGACGAGAAAAUUCCUAAAAAGCGACAAUGAGCUUAGUAGGUAUUCGAAGAGAGCGCAUUUUAGUGUUGAUUUUUGGAAAAGAGCUUGUUACAUAAUUCGAGUUAUAAUAACAGUGAACCUUUGCAUAAAUUACUUUCAGACUGAACGUGCCCUUACGUGCUAUGAAAACAGUUUAAAUAUAGAACAAUAAGUACUUGAAAUGUACGUGAGUAUUUGCAGAAUUAUCAAAGUAUUUUCUUAUAUAAUAAUCUAUAUUUAGUAAUUUAAAUUGUGUUUACCUGACCACUGAAUUCAUUUACGAUAUAAUUAUUACGAUUUGUAUAGCCUAUAAAUUGUACAAUUUAGUUUGGAUAGCGAACGGAAAGGACGACGACACAACGUUGGCGUGAACAGUUGUGUGCUUGUAUUAGUUGGUACAAGUACACGUCAUAAGAGCUGUCGCGUGGCACAGUCGCGUUGCGUCGCCGUCGGUCGUCGGACGGGAAUACAAUGAAAGCGCGACGGGACGGGGCGUAAGCGUUUGUUGUCUAUGAGUUUUCCAUUUAGUUGUCAAAUUGACACCGAGACGGCUGCACGUCGUGCCCAGCCCGAUGUCAGAUUUGCGUUUUACUUCAAAAAUUGCCGUGAAAACUGGAAAAGUAGAAUACAACUUUACGACAUUAUACUUGGCUACCUCAUUGGUCCGGGAGUUAAUCUAUCCAGUUUCGGAUUAUGAGAUAUUCGGUUAGAAUCUCUUGCAUGUUUGUUUUUGAAAUCACGCCACGUGUGUACGGUGUGUCCGCCCGUAAUGUCAUCCAUGUUGCGUUGCCGUCCCGCUAGAGUCGCGUCGCCGUUCCGUUCCGUUCCAUUCGUUGUCUGCCUGUCCUUUAUGUAUAAUGUAUAGUCUAUGCAGUUUUCAGUCACUUUUCAUAGUGAUGUCACGUCUUUAUAUUCAAAGACAAGUACACCGUAUGAAUUUGGUGAGGCGUCAGGUAAAAAAUAUUUCCAUAUAUGUACCUAGGGUGUCUAUUAUUCUGAGUCUUCACUAUUAACCGUGUAACUAUUGUACUUUUGUUCCUAACUCUGUUACUAAUACACAUGCACAAUUUAAUAGAUUGCUUCGUCAGUAUAUUUAGUAGUUUAAUGGUGUUUGAGUUGAAGUUACCUAAUGUUGCAUUAAGUUUGCUGCACUCUUAGGCGUACGUUUAUCAGCUAACGAUAACAGGACGAUAACGAUAAGUACUUAUUGCAAUUAUUUUGAAAUUGAACACAUAUUUCCAGUUAGAAAUUGUAAAUUUUAAUAAAAAAAUUCAAAUACAAUGUAUGAUACAUAUACCACCAAUUUAUUUCUAAAAAUAUUAAUAUAUUCUAAAAAAAUAAGUAAGACUUUCUUUGUGAUUAUAAGUGAUUCGUAGGUGAAAAUACGAGACUUAUAUCUACCUACAUACACCUAUAUAAUUGCAUGAUAUGUUUGUUUUAUUGAGCGUGAAUAGCCAGUGAUGUUUUAUAGAUUAUUUAUGCAGCUGUUUUAUAUAAUAAUUAAAUUAACGACUUUUACUCUUUUUAUUUCAAAUUUAUAUGCAAUAUACAUAUUCAGUUAUAAUUGUUAUAAUUUUAUCAAUAUUUAGAUCAUUGACAUAAACAUUACGUUUAUAAUUAUUAUUUUAUUAAUUUAAUUUGUUGAAGAAAACGUACGCCUCAGUGGUCAAAGACUUUUACAGCUUGUUGUGACGUUUGUUAAUAAAAUUAUUAUUAUUAUUAAAAAUAAAGCGUUUAAGAAAUUAAGAAAACACAUAUUUUUAUAAGUAAGUACCCAUGACCAAGACGUUGGUGGUUGUUGUAUUUAAGAAUAAAGUCCUUUUAGAUAUAGGGCUUUGCAAGGUCGGGCCCAGACUUAUGUAAUGAUGCGAUGUGUAAUGUAAAGCAAUACAAAUUGUGGUAACACAAAGGUAAUAGGUAUUAGUCAGGGAUCCGUAGAACAUUUUGUACAACUGAUUACUAUGAAGUUAUUUUUUCGUAACUUCAACGAUGAGUUCGAUGAGACGUUCAACUUUUUAUUUACGAAAAUCUUUUAAUUUCCUAAGUAACCAGGAAAUAAAAAUUUCUGAGCGUCGGAAAGAGAUAAUGUACGUCGCAAUUUUUAUACAACUUAACAGCCACAAUUAAUUACAUAACAUCGUGCCUGUUAUUAAUCUAUUUAUUAAUCAACAGUAAUAAAAACAUCUGGUUAACAGCCACAAUGUCCUACAAAUUGCGUGGUACAUUAUCUCGUUCUGACGCUCAGAAAUUUUCAUUUCUUGGUUACUCAGUUAGCUACUAGAAUCAAGAAUUUUCGUAAAUAAAAAAGUUGAUCGUCUCAUUGAGAUGAAGCUACUUAUAUAAAAUUAACUUGAUAGUAAUCAGUUGUAAAAAGUGUUCUACGGAUCCUGGACUGGCUAUCUUGUCCAAUUACUAAGGGUCUACAACGGGCGUUAUAUAUCUUUGUUUUCGUGUAAACAUUUCCAUUUUGAAAGAUCAGCUUAAGUUGGUGUAGUACUUUUGUAAUUUGCUUUAUAUUAUACAAAAUUUUACAUUCAGUUACAUAUGUCUAGAUCCGUUUUGAGAGACAAGUUUAGUGCCAUAAUAUAGCGAAAAUAGAAUACUAGAACAAUGUAUGGUGCGAUUUAUUUCCUUGAUGAGAGCUAGUCAUAAAUCUGUAAUUAACUAACAUUUAAGAUUAAUGUAAUAGAUGUUAGACAAUUUAUUUAUUUUUUAAUAUAAUAGGGACAUACAAUUAAUGUUUAUUUUAUUGUUUUAUAUUAAUUAGUUAUUAUAAUUUUGAAUGAUAUUUACUAAAGAGUAGGCUUUAAACUUUUUGAUUACUUUUUUUAUUUUUAAACAUGUAGGUUUACAGUUACAUACUAGUAAUUUUAACUAUUUAAUUACAUAAUUAUUGUAUUGGUAUAUAAAUCAGCCAAGUGCUAUGGUUUUUAAGAAUAACAAAAAAAAUAUUCGCCUUGGUAAUGUAUAAAUGAGAUGUGAGAAAUAUGAGUAAAUGUUACUAGUGCUGGUUGAAUUAUUAAUUUUUUUAUUAUAUCGAACUUCCAAGAAAUGUAUAUUUUCAGCCUACUGUCUAAUUUUGCAAUUUCCUCGUUUUUCCAUAAUGUUCAAAACUUGUAACUGGCGAUAUAAAGAUGCCGCUGCUUUAGCUAAAUUAUACGUAUCUUUGUUUUGUCAACGAAUACAAAUAACGCUCAACGACAAUAAUUAGAGUUGUAACUUUGUAGAGCAUUACAAUUUAUUUAUAGUCUAUGAGUCCAACAAGUAAAGUGUGGGAAGGUUCAUAAAUAUUUUAUUUUGCUUCAACAAAAAAAAAACUUUGUAGAGCAUUACAAUUUAUUUAUAGUCUAUGAGUCCAACAAGUAAAGUGUGGGAAGGUUCAUAACUAUUUUAUUUUGCUUCAAUAAAAAAAAAAAUUAAAGAAACAGAGCGUUUGCCUUUCAUAAUUUACUUCUUGAGCUCCUGUAAAUUUAAUCUUUAAUUUUUGUUUAAAAGUGUUUAGUAAAACAAUAUAUAAUAAGGUUUAUGUAAAAUUUAUCGUAAGAAAUGUGUACAUUUUUGUUCAUGACUUAUGUAAAUGAUUAUUAUUUUGUUCACGUAGUAUACGUAAGUGGAUAUAUAAUAAAAAGUGCGUGUGUAAUAUAUUAUUGUUAAAUGUUGCGGAGUUUUUAAGUGAAAUGACGAUCAAAAUGAUGUAUAUUUGUCUAUUUUGCAAAACAUGACGUUAAAUAAAGAAGCUUUAUAAUAA